AUGCAUACAUACAACGCAAUCAGAACAUGCGUGGCGCGCCUUCAUAAGAAGAUCAGCUUUCGUCGCAAGAGUGCCAAGGCACGGCCUACCAUCUCCCAACCAUUUGACUUCAAGAAGGAAGACACUUUGUGCUUCUUGCGAGGCAUCUCCAGCGAAGAGUUGACCGUGAUGCGUGAAAAGGCCGCUGCCAGCAUAGUCGGCUCUGCCACGAACAGCCCGUUCCCCGAUUCCCCUCCGCUGCCCUCCUCUCAAGCACACGGCGAGAGCGACCACCGCAUCGUCCGGACGCACACGGCCAACUCUGCCAGCACGACCGCCACCGGCAUGGCCAGGAGGUCGCCACAACCCUGCCGCUCCCAUAGCCAACAGUAUGACUACCACAACCACUACAACCAUCGUGCUGGUGGUCCCAUGACUUUCCACUCCGUUGUGCUGGCUUCUGCCGAGGCGUAUGCUCCGGCAGGCUUGGCCUCUGCCUCUUGCUCGUCGUCGGCCUCGUCGAUCAACUCGUUGGGCCGGGACCGCGACUGA